AUGAAUAUUGAACUCCAACUCCACCAUUUGUUAAAAGAUUGGAGUGGAUUAGCCGGGUACAAAUACUUCAACACAGCCGAUCUAUAUAGACUACAGCAUCCUUCUGCACUGGCAAAAAAGAUGAACUGGAUGGACGAUGAUAUUUUCUCGGUAAUCCGCGCUGCGAUGAGUGUUAUGACAACGGUCAAAAAUACAAAACGUCUCAAAAAAGAGUUUGAAUUUGGCACCUUAACCAAGAGGCAAAGGAAGAUUCGUAACUCGUUGAAAUUAGCAGGUGGGCUUUUCUUCAAAUUUCCUCGGUCUGGUGGAAGGAAAGAUUAUCUUUGGCACCAUUUAUCAGAGGAUGAACGACUCGAAACCACAGAUUUGAUGCAAUUAUGGGCUCCUCCCGUCGAUUCAUUGAAAUAUAAGUUGAAUUUGCAUAGGCGACUGCGCUGGUCACAAUAA